AUGUUGGACUUUCGAACCCAGCACCCUUUAACCCUGAACCGCUCGACUCCUAGACUGUCAAAGGAAACAAAGGAAUGCGGACAAAGCAGAACAGAAACGCAAACCAAGUCCAAUAAGCUCACCAAGCUCGCGGAGAAAUGUCGAGAUACAGAAGCAGACAAAAUAGACGACCAGCACUACAACUGUUCUAACAGUCUAGCAAUUCCAAAAUCCAAGAAUCCAGCAAUCCAGCAAUCUAGAUCAAUCAGAGGAGGUGUACAGGAUUCGACAGCGCAGCGGCUGGUUGGGAAGAUGGGGUAUACCAAGAUGGGAGAUCUUUCUGGGGAAGAUUGGAACGUUGUGCAAAGUAUACAGGAGGGUUUAUGCAUUUAA